GGGAGCUGCGACACUGUCUGCAUCGAUUGUGGCGCACACAUGUGGAUCUUGGAGCGCUGUGCGACAUCCUCAAAAGCACACCCCAAGUUCUCCCUUUGCUGUGAAAGAGGCACAGUCCUCUUACCACCACUCCCGACGACUCCCGCAACAUUAUGUGAUCUCCUGACAUCCAAUUCACCACACGCAAAGAAGUUUCGGGAAGCCAUACGCUCAUACAACUCAUCCUUGGCUUGGACCUCUCUUGGUGCGGACAUUGACUUGAGCGUCACCGGCACCCAAGGAGUGUACUCCUUCCGCGUUCAUGGUCAGAUAUGUCACCACAUCGGAAGCCUUCUCCCAUCCGAACAACAGAUUGCAACAGGGAAGCGACCACGCUUUGCACAGAUGUACAUCUACGACACAGAACAUGAAGCUGAAAACCGUGCCAGCCACUUUGAUGGAAAGAAACCAGACAUCAACAUCAUCGGUGAACUACAACACAUGCUUUAUGAGGUGAACCCAUACGCACAUGUCUACCGAUCCGUCCGCAACAUCCUUGCGGAAAAUCCUGCCAUCGAUAUCUCCAUGAGGAUAGUUCUGGAGCGCACAACAGACAGCCGAAGAUACAAUUGCCCAACUGCAGACGAGGUUGCCGCCAUCAUGGUUGGAGAUGGUGCAGAGGCAGUGUCCAAAAGACAAGUCAUUGUUCAGAAGCAGGGAGGAGGUCUACAAGAGAUUUCCGAGCGCCACCCUGCCUACAUGCCCCUGCAAUAUCCGUUGCUCUUUCCACACGGAGAAGACGGAUGGCACCACUUGAUUCCUCUCCGA